CCACGUUUCCACGCCAUCCACACCCCCUGUCGGUGAGUUUGUAGUGUGCAUGGAGCCCAAAUCCAUGAUGUGGGUGAACAUUGUGGUGAACAUUUGCAGGCUUGAUGAAGGAAGAGAUGCAGCAAACAUUGACGUCAACUGCACGAAUAUAGCAUGCACAUCAAUUGAAGUCUUCCGUCUCGAGGACCUGCCAGGCACAACCAAGGCGGAGACACAGGAUGCCUGCAUGGGUUUAUGUCUCGUCACCUUUUGCAUCUUGUAAUGGUUCCUUUCCGGCACGACAGACUGCAGAAAGAAAUCGGCAACCAUUGUCGCCACACCUGCUCACAUACACAUCCAUGUCAUGACGGUGGCGUCUGCCUGCGUGCCUGUACGUUCCACCGCCCUACCCAGCAGUGCGAGUGCCGACGAUAUUUGCAGUAUGAUUUGUCCGACUGACGUGAUGGCCCCCAGGGCAGCCGCCUCCGUCACCACACGGACACCAUACUGCAGACAUUCAUCCAUCCAUCGAUCCGCCAUCGGCCGGUGACAGACAGGCCGAGACAUGUGUGUUUGUGUGGCUGACGGUACCAUGCGAUAUGCGUCCCUCUUCCUCGUGCCGUCCUCAUAAUAGUAAUGGUUCUGCGCGCAAGAGGAGAACAAACUGAGGUCAGCCGCCCCCCCAUUGCGCUUUUCCAUGUUGUCUCUUUACAAAUCGGUAGUUGAAGCCGGAUGUUGCGUCCACGAGGGCUGUCUGGAGGCAUCCAUCCAUUUAGACACACACCAAUCAACCACAUAUUGGUGUGCGCAGCGCUGGUGCAUUACGUUGAGUUCCGUCUGGCACUGUUCGUCUUCGUUCUUUUCGUCGAGGUCGCAUGCGAAUAUCACAUUGGCCUGCACCACCGCCCCGUUCUCACGCACGUCAUCCAGAUGCAGGUUGGCAAAUCGCAGCAAAUCCUCCAGCUGCACCGCACCCAUGACACACCAAAGAAUGGCAUUCAUCGAUUUAUGGGUGAGGAAGAGCUUUGCGUACGGUGUAUGUGUUUGCAGAUGCGUUUGGAUAGUGCAUCGGUCUGCCAUUGCGGGUCGUGGAGAUCUCCUGCAGGCAGACAAAGAACAGACACAGACACACAGGUGCGCUAGAUGGCUGGUGCGUCCGCGUUUGUCCGUACCAGGCCGUCAGCUAGCUUGUGGAAGUAGGCCUUGGCCUUGAACCUGCACAAUCAUACGCACACAGACACCUGUGUGUGCCUGAGAGAUGGCAAUUCUCUGAUUCCUUACCACAGCGAGUACUGGUUGGCAUCGAUGAGAUGCUGCUCUGUCGUUGCCGCCCCCUCCUGCUCAGCAGGACACCACCCAAGCUUCACACACAUCUGCAAACAAACCACACCAGUGACGCCACCUGCCGAUGUCCCUUCUGCUCACCCCGUUGUCGCAUGUGGGUGUGGCGACUUUGUCUUCGCCCAUGGCCCCCAUGGAGCAGUCCUCUGCCGUCUGGCAGGGCGACAGGGGGAAUGCACACCGCUUGUUCGGCUCCUGGCCCCGAGUAACCAAGAUGCGUGUCGGCAGAAACACCUAAUGGAUAGAAACAGGUGCUAUGCACGUUUGGUGGUUGCGUCGUACCGCCCCCAGUUCCCCCGGGUUGGUGACGGCGUCAUAGACGUCAAAUGGUAUCUUUUUGUCGCUGAGCGGGUUGCCCAGGACGCUGGUGACAAUCCAUCCGGUGGUCUUCUCCUGCUCCAAAUACUGCUUGUUGAUCAGAAACACCUGCACACAACAUUACAACACCCACACACAUGGCGGUGGGUGCGUCCGUCUCUCUGUCCAUCCAUAGCAUUGCACGGGCCUACAAAGAGGACGAUGUAAGCGACGAUGGCGAAGAAUACUGUGUAGUAGAUGAGCCCGAGUCUGCUGUCGAGGAUGCGCACCUCCUUGACUGUGUCGUACGAAAACACCUGAUCCGCGUCAGGCAGCGAAUGCCACCAUCGCUGAUGCAGAUCACCGCACCAAUCACCGCACCGACACGCGCACGAGCGCAUACACAUGUGCAUGAGAAAGACAAAGAUCUCCAGUGCAAUGUGGCAGCAUCUGCGUUUGCGCACCUGGAACAAUGAUUGGUUUCGCCGUUCCUCCAUCGCCAUAGCAUUCCGUCU